AUGUCAAAUGAAGAAGCUGAACAAUUAUCUCAAGAAUGGAAUGAAGAUCUGGACGGAAUGGAAUCCUUUGUUCUGGAGGGAAAGAAGUUUGUCCGCUUACCAGAAGAAGAAUUUGGUCACUUUUACAGCCAAGACUGCUACGUAUUCUUGUGUCGAUAUUGGGUGGCAGUAGAAUUUUCAGAUGAUGAUGAUGAUGAUAAUGCUGACCCUCCAGAGGAUGACUACAAAUGUAUUGUUUACUUUUGGCAGGGAAGAGAGGCUGGCAACAUGGGCUGGCUCACUUUUACUUUCAGUUUACAAAAGAAGUUUGAAAGUUUAUUUGGUGACAAACUGGAAGUCGUUCGAACACAUCAACAACAAGAAAACCUGAAAUUUUUGUCUCACUUCAAUCGUAAAUUUGUCAUUCACAAUGGCAAAAGAAAACUACCUUCUGCUCCAGUUGUCAAACGAGGAGUAGAAAUGUUCCAUCUCAGAGCCAACGACAGCCCCAUUGCUACAAGGUGCAUCCAGAUUAGACCAGACGCAUCAUUACUAAAUUCACAUUUCUGUUACAUCCUGAAGGUGCCAUUUGCCAGUGAAGACUUACAAGGAAUCGUCUACGUGUGGAUCGGAACCAAGGCUGACCAUGAAGAAGCACGACUCGCUGAAGAGAUUGCUUAUGACAUGUUUAAAGAGCACUUUACAAUUCAAAUGAUUAGUGAAGGAGAGGAACCAGAAAACUUCUUUUGGGUUGGCAUUGGAGGCCGAAAGCCAUACGAGAAGGAUGCCUCAUUCAUGCAAUAUGCUCGUCUUUUCCGUUGUUCUAAUGACAAAGGCUACUUCACAGUCUCAGAGAAAUGUGCAGAUUUCUGUCAGGAUGACCUGGCUGAUGAUGAUGUGAUGAUUCUAGACAAUGGCGAUAACGUCUUCCUUUGGGUUGGACGUAAGACCAGUGACGUGGAAAUCAAAUUGGCUUUCAAGAGUGCACAGGUCUACAUUCAACAUAUGCGCAAUAAACAACCUGAUCGCAAACGAAUUUUACUUCUUGCUCCAAAAUACAAAGAGAAUCGCAAGUUCACCAAAUGUUUCCACGAAUGGAAAUUGGAACAAAACCAUUUUCCUUUUCUUUUUUUUUUCUUUUUCUUUUUCUUUCUUCUUUUUUCUUUUCUAUUUUUCUUUUCUUUUUUCUUUGCUUUUUCUUUUAAUUUUUCUUUUUAUUCUUUUCUUUUUUUCUUUCCUUUUACCUUUCUCUUUUUCCUUUUUAUCUUUUUCAUAUCUUUUUCUUUUUUCUUUUUCUUUUCUAUUCUUUUUCUUUCCUUUUACCUUUCUCUUUUUCCUUUUUUCUUUUUCAUAUCUUUUUCUUUUUUCUUUUUCUUUUCUAUUCUUUUUUUUUUGAAUUACCUUUCUCUUUUCCUUUUUUUUUUUUUUUCAUAUCUUUUUUUUUUUUCUUUUUUCUUUUCUAUUCUUUUUUUUUUCCUUUUACCUUUUUUUUUUUCUUUUUUUUUUCAUAUCUUUUUCUUUUUUCUUUUUCUUUUCUAUUCUUUUUCUUUCCUUUUACCUUUCUCUUUUUCCUUUUUUUUUUUUCAUAUCUUUUUCUUUUUUCUUUUUCUUUUCUAUUCUUUUUCUUUCCUUUUACCUUUCUCUUUUUCCUUUUUUCUUUUUCAUAUCUUUUUCUUUUUUCUUUUUCUUUUCUAUUCUUUUUUCUUUUCUAUUCUUUUUUCUUUUCUUUUUUUUUCUUUUCUAUUCUUUUUUCUUUUCUUGUCCUUUUCUACUCUUUUUCUUUUUUUCUUUUCUUUCUUUUUUAUACUAUAUUUUUUUAUUUUAUCUAUCACUGUUUAUUCAUAUCUAUCUAUCUAUCUAUCUAUCUAUCUAUCUAUCUAUCUAUCUAUCUAUCUAUCUCACUCUAUCCAUAUCUAUCUAUCUAUCUAUCUAUCUAUCUCACUCUAUCCAUAUCUAUCUAUCUAUCUAUCUAUCUAUCUAUCUAUCUAUCUAUCUAUCUAUAUCCAUAUCUAUAUCUAUCUAUCUAUCUAUCUAUCUAUCUAUCUAUCUAUCUAUCUAUCUAUCUAUCCAUAUCUAUCUAUCUAUCUAUCUAUCUAUCUAUCUAUCUAUCUAUCGAUCUAUAUCACUCUAUCCAUAUCUAUCUAUCUAUCUGAGCAGCAAAAACAACAAAAGGACAAGAAUUAUGAAGACAUAACAUAA